UCUUUGCAUUUUAGACUAUCAUUUUUGUCUCUCUAUAUAACGAACCAAAUUUCCAAUUUCAGAGCUGAAGAGUAAUUUCAAAUUGAGCUGAAUUUCAACUAAAAAAAUGGAGACGAAUGGGGUGAAAGUGAAAGCAAAUUUGAGUGACGGAGUUAACAACCAAGAAAUUGAAACCCCAAAUAAUAUUACAAUCAAAGGCAUUCUUGGAUUGUUAAUGGCUAAUGUAGAAACAACUGAAGAUGAAGAUGAAGAAAAUGGUGGAAAUUUCAAGAAAAAUAAGAGGAAGAAGAAGGUGAUAUCAUUGGGAAUGGGUGAUCCUACUGCUUAUUCUUGUUUCCAUUCUCCUGAUGUUGCACAAAAUGCUGUUCUUGAAACUCUUGCUUCUCACAAAUUCAAUGGUUAUUCUCCUACUGUUGGCCUUCCUCAAACCAGACGGGCAAUUGCAGAUUAUUUGUCGCGUGACCUUCCAGAAAAGUUAUGUGCAGAUGAUGUUUAUGUCACAGCUGGUUGCACUCAAGCCAUUGAAAUAGCUUUAUCAAUUCUGGCUCGCCCCGGUGCUAACAUAUUGCUACCAAGGCCUGGUUUCCCUAUUUAUGCACUUUGUGCCGCCUUUAGACACAUCGAAGUUAGAUACUUUGAUCUUGUUCCAGACAAGGGCUGGGAGGUUGAUCUCAAUGCCGUCGAAGCUCUAGCUGAUCGUAACACUAUUGGCAUAGUUGUUAUAAAUCCGGGGAAUCCUUGUGGAAAUGUUUAUAGUUAUCAGCAUCUUCAAGAGAUUGCAGAAACUGCUAAGAAGCUUAGGACCAUAGUGAUUGCGGAUGAAGUAUACGGGCACCUUGCUUUUGGAGCUAAACCAUUUGUGUCGAUGGGAGUUUUUGGAGCCAUUGCUCCCGUGCUUACUCUUGGUUCUUUAUCUAAGCGAUGGUUAGUUCCUGGCUGGCGCCUCGGUUGGCUUGUCACAAAUGAUCCCAACGGCACCUUCAAAAAUCCGAAGUUUGUUGAGCGCAUUAAGAAGUAUUGUGACAUUUGCGGAGGUCCAGCUACCUUUAUACAGCCGUUGAUGUUGAAGGCGGCGGUCCCUCGCAUUAUUCAGCAAACCGAAGAAUUUUUCUUCAGGAAAACCAUUAACUUGUUGAAGUGGACAGCAGACAUUUGUUGCGAAAAGAUAAAGGAGAUUCCUUGUAUUAGCUGUCCACAUAAACCAGAAGGCUCAAUGGCUGUAAUGGUGAAGCUGAAUCUAUCACUUUUGACAGACAUUAGCGAUGAUAUUGACUUCUGUUUCAAACUGGCGAAAGAAGAAUCUGUUAUACUCCUUCCAGGACUCGCUGUGGGUCUCAAAAACUGGAUUAGAAUAACCUUUGCAGCGGAUCCGCCUUCUCUUGAGGAAGCACUAGGACGGCUCAAGUCGUUCUGUCAAAGGCAUUCAUAUCAAGAAAAUGCUCAUUGUUGACUCUAAUGAGUAAACCAUCCAUGUAAUCCAUCUUCUUCUCUGCUGAGCACCUAUAGCUACAGUUGGAUUGCUUAGUCACAGUCAUAGUGCAAGUUAUAACAAUUUAUUGAUUUAUGAAUAUACUUGUCUAUAUUAAUUUUAUAGGUUGAUUACAUGGCAAGUUACAAACACGUUGAACUGCCAAUGUUGUUCUCGACGUUCUAAUUUGUGUAAGAGAAACCUGAAUUAUACAUACCAAAAAUGAAAUAUGUAAUUACUAUUGAUUUUGAGUUUGUAUUGCA